UGCCAGACAUGACAGAAUCGUCCUGACCGCUCUUGCCCGGGCAGGCUCUCCGGCGGCGGCGCAGCUCUGAGGCCCGCCCCCACUUGCUAUGGGCUUCUUGAUCUACGCCUGCCUCCUCCACCUCCUGCUCUCGACCGCCGAUUCCGGGGUGGCGGCGCAGUCGCAGCCGCUGUCGCCGGCCAGGAUCCUCGACGCGACGCUGCAGGACUACGCGUUCCGGGCCUUCGAGCACCCGCGCACCGGCAUUGUCUACAACGCCACCCUCCCCGCCAACCUCACCGGCAUUGCGCUCUCCGCGGUCCGCCUGCGCAGUGGCAGCCUCCGGCGGAAGGGCUUCGCCGACUACUUCCAGUUCGGCGUCCCCACCGGCGUCGUCGUGCAGCCGCACGUCGAGCGGGUGGUGCUCGUCUACCACAACCUCGGCAGCUCGUCGGACCACUACUACCCGCUCUCCGGGCACACCUACCUCGCGCCGGUGCUGGGGCUGCUGGCCUACGACGCAGCCAACCUCUCGUCCGUGGGUCUGCAGGAGCUCAACAUUGUCGCAUCAAGGGAUCAAUGUCAGGGCGGUGCCAUCAGGCAGUGCGCCGCCGCGGUGCGUGGUGUUCGAUUUAAAUGGUGUGCCGCUGCUCGGGACCUGGAGGCAACCAAUGCGGGCUCGACGUAUCGCCAGGGGCACAUCUCAAUAGUGGUGAACUCCAGUGAGAUUGCUCCAGCUCCUGCUCCACCUGGCUCAAUCUCCCCACCGAUACCGACUCCGGGAGGGCAAAAGAAGGGAAACUCAAAGGCGUGGAAGAUUGCCGUCAGCGUCGUUGGGGCUGCCAUAGCAUUGGGGCUGUUGGCUGUGCUUCUGCUGUGUUUGGUCAGGUACAAAAGGGAUAAGAAGUUGGAGGCGAUGGAGCGGAAUGCUGAGGUUGGGGAGACGUUACGGGUGGCGCAGGUUGGGCGGACGCAGGCACCUGUGGCCUUGGGGACACGGACACAACCGGUGAUUGAAAACGAUUAUGCUGCAUAG